AUGGAACCACUCCCUCAGGAUGCGAAUCCAGUCCCCGACACGCCCACCUCUUCGGUCGUAGACUUCACGAAUGGUGCGUUUUCCCUCGCCGAUUUGUUCCUGGCCGCGUGCCAAGUGUUUGUUGUUGUCUCCGCCCGUUUCCUCUGCGUCCCUACGAUCAUUGAACUCCACGUUGUUGUGGUGACGCGAGUUGUUGACAGAAUUGGUCGUGCCGUCGUCUGCGCUCGCGUGCGCGAUCUAGUUGCCACCAUGCCGCGACUCGGCGCAUAUCGACGUUCGCGCGCCCUUGCGCAGCCACUAGAGCGAGUCUCAUCAGCUGAACUAAUCAACGCCGUUGAAGAAGCAUCGCCACAAUUCACGCAAGCAAGUGCACCACCUGAAUCAACUGAAUCAGCUGGAGCAAUGGAAGGACGCAGAAGAUGGGAAACACUAGAUGAUACACGUAGCGAUCAUAUCGAUGGCUCUACGGAAAUAGGAAGAGUGCUUGUAAACUCAUCUAUGCCUGGUGACAGGGUCAUCGAUGGAGUAACCGUGCAACGUUAUGCACCUGGAGAGUUGGUUCCAGGCAAAGAAGUGAUAGUAGAAACCCGUGUAAUAACGGAGGAGGUGUCCGGUGGAGGAGCUGGCACGGAGAGCCGUGAAGUGAGGGAACGUCGUGAAGGAGGACGUUAUGAAGGAGGCCGUCAUGAUGGAGGACGUUAUGAAGAUAGAGAACGCCGUGAAGUAGGAGAAAGGGGACGUCGUGAUGCAGAGGAGCGUCGUAAAGAAAGGGAACGUCGUGAAGGAAAGGAAGGCAGACCAAGUGGAGGAGUGGCGACGGAACGAUUGGAGCGAGUAAAAGGAGGCAAGGAACAUUACACUGGAAGUGGAAGAUACGGAGAAACAUCAGAGAGUGCCAUCCGCCCCGACGUGGACAAGAUCAAAGAAGGAGUCAAGGGAGUCGUACAUCACAUUCCAGACGAGGUCAAUAGGAUCAAAGAAGAGGCGAAGGGAGUUGUGAAUAAAAUUCCUGGAAAAGUCCACGAGAUCAAAGAGGAAGCCAAGGGACUGGCCAAGGGAGUCGUGAAUCAAAUUCCCGAAGCAGCCCACUGGGUCAAAGAAGAGGUCAAAGGAGUCGCGAGUAAAAUUCCUGAAACAGCCCACAAGGUCAAAGAGGAAGUCAAGGAUGUCGUGAAUAAGAUUCCAGAGGAAGUCAAAGAUGCUGCCUGGAUGUCGUCUCUGGCACUAACGGCCUUGGCUGGUUUAUUCUUCUCCGUUGUGCUUUAUCGAUUACUCCAUCAUUUGCUUGUUCCACAGCCGGAAAGCUUCUUCUGCACCUCCUUCUCACAUCUGUUCCCGUCACUACAUAAUGCAUUCUGCAAACAUGAUGCUCCUCGUGGUUUCUUCGGUGAACUGUUUCAUGAAUCGUCUACGCUGUGGAGCCAGUUGUUCGGUGGUGGGCUGUUGAGAGGAUUAUUCGGUGGAAUCUCCCACCUCUUCCGCUCGAUAUUCGGUUCGAUAUUCGAUGGCUUCCAUGUUAUGGAAACAAUAUCUAAUAAGAUGACUGAUGGAGUACGACGAGUGGUCAGCGAUGGAUUCGGAGUGUUGGCCAACAAUCUGCAUGGAAACCUCUCCUUUCUUACCCGUUUCUUGGGUGGAUUCGGCAAUGCCAUAGUUCGCGCCCUUGCCGGAACUUUGUCAGUAUUUUCCAAUAGUUUCUCUGACACUCUCCACACAUUAGCUGCAGAUGGUGAGCCGGCUGGUUUGAUCUCCCUAACUUAAGCUGGUUGCAGCUUGUUAUGUCUUCUGAAUGUUGGAGAAAUUAGCAUGUCUUCGCUGUAUAAAAUGAAUAAUCACCAAAACUAACCCUCUGUAAAUAUUGUACGUUACUGUAACUGUCAUUUAAUCUUUUUACCUCUGUAUCUAGUCUUGAUCCAUUCAAAAUGUAUAAUCUUGUCUUUUUGUGGUCAGCAGGAACAUAGCUGUCGCUUUGGCUGUAAAAAAAAUCCAUGUAAUGGAGAAAUGAUAAUAAUUCUACCUUCUACAUUUUUUGGUUUCUGCAAACUAAUCUUGAAUGUGAACUCGUAAAUCAGUUUGGCCAUUUUCACAUUUCCAGCAUCUCUUACACUGACUAAGUGAAUGUUAUCUUAUCUCUCAUCGUAGAUUUUUCUAGCAAACGCAUAUACCAUUCCGUUUUGUAUGGUUUAUAAUUCCCUUACAAUCUUCUUUAAUCAGAUUGUUGAACAAUAAUCUCGUUCUUGUAGCUAAUUCAGUGUACAUAAGGUUUCACAUUGUAAUAAAG